AUGACAUCUCCAUCAAAAGCUGAUAUAGAUGCUAUUCUUUCCUCGUUACUUUCAAGGUCCGAGAACAAGGCAAGUAACCCAACGUGGGCCAGUGUCACCUACGGCGUUUUUGUCUGUAUUGGUUGCUCUGCCGUGCACAGAUCCCUAGGAGUUCACUUAAGCUUUAUUCGCUCAACGCAACUGGAUACAAAUUGGACAUGGCCCCAACUAAGGGCAAUGCAAGUUGGUGGAAACGGGAAAGCGGUACAAAUUGCCUUUUUUCAACAAUAUGGUGGUAUGCUGGAUGAUAUCAAACAGAAAUACGCCAGCAGGGCGGCACAUCUAUACAAAAACAAAAUCGAAAAGUUGGCAAAUGAUGCCAUGAAGGUCUACGGAACACAGCUCGCCAUUGUAAUAGAAGGCAAAUCGGCUGCUCGGCAGAGGGAAACAGAUUCGUUUCAGGAGAGCAAAAACUUUGCUUUAGAAGGCUUCUCUGGAAUGAGUCUUUCUGGUGCUGCUCUCUUGAAGAAGCCUCUUGUUAAUCUAAGUGAUUCUAAUCCGCAUUCUGAUGCUGGAGCCAGUUUGUCGUCGGGAUCAGAUAGUCAGAGAGUGAUGCUGAAACCAAGAAAAGGAGGCCGGGUAGGCCCUGCACUGGAGUUGACUUUACGACCUUGUGCUUCUCAGAGGAAUGCAUCACUUCGAAUGGCCUACCAGGACCCGUCGAAGGACAAGACAAUAGCUUCUAAGCUGAGUCAACAGCGCUCAGAACAGCUUGAACGCCUCGGCAUGGGCGCUGGUAUUGGCAGCAGUAGGGCAAAAGUGAUUGGCCACUCAGCUGUGAGUGACAUGAAGACUAUUGAAAGCGAAGAUGCAAAUGAUCUGCACGAACCUGGUGGUCGCAAAGGAAAUCAGAGCGGAUGUGGAAACUUUGAGAACACCAUUGACACAUUCUCACGAGGGGGUAGCGGCUGGCUGUACAUAUCUUCCGGCCGUAAUGAUGACGUCUCCGACGAUUGGAACAUAGAUCCAUUCAAGGCACGAGCUGCUGCAGGAGCCUCUCCAUCGUCAACCGGAACUGGUCUCCUCGAUCUCCCCACCGAGUCUCCUACCUCUCGAUCCGGUAACGGUGGAGACACUAAAUAUGCCAAAUCCACAUGUUCCUCAGCCUCUGCGGAACCGCCUCCAAUGUCGGAGGAAAUGCGACUCAAGCUACAGAACGCCAAGUCUAUCUCUUCUGCAGAUUUCGCUUUCGAGGACCAGGGUUCCAACUUCGACGGUUCUCAAUUUGAGGGUCGAACCUCGUUAUCCAGCGACGAAUACUUUGGUCGUCCUCAGCCCAAGUACCACCCGGACUACAGCGUGGAAUUGAACAGCAUCAAGGAGGGUGUGCGGGAAGGUGUAACCAAGGUGGCUUCGCGUCUCUCCGCCUUUGCGAAUGAUUUUAUGAGUCAAUUACAGUCUUUCCAUUCUAGGAAAAGUACGGCUAACUUCCUCAAACUUACCCAAUGCGUCCUUCCCUCAUCAGUAAUCCAUUUACAACCAACGGAUGAUCACUUUUUCACUGUCUCACUACACCUUUCGGUGUUAAUUUGGAUGUGUAACUUUUCCAUUCCUUUCCUUACCGGUCUAUGCGUGUCACCUGAUCAGGUAGACUGGACUCCGUGUAAAGAGAAAUGUAGACCACCAAUCUUCUGUCUCUUUGUCUUCAUUUUUUCCCUUGGAAUACGUGAUGGGCGGGGUGGCGAGAAUAGGCGUACCAACAGACGAGGGAGUGGUAGUGAAUUCGGCCUUUUCGUGGGAAAUAAGGUCACCGGCCAAGUCACUGCGGCCAAUUGCGAUUAG